UAGAUCUGUAUUUCUGUGCAAAGAUUCGUAGGGAUCAGUCGGUGGUGUUUACUGCCAUCUGUCGGAUUUCGCCGGAGUUGGAAUAAUAUAUGAAACGACUCUCAUUUCUGUUGCAGUUCACAAUGACCAGCCCGAGCGGGACAGCUUGAACGACGCGAAUCCUGUAUCGGAGCAGGCCACGACGACGACGCCGGUUGAACUGAACAAACAGCGACGUCACCAAAGCCGACCGAAGCUACGAGGCGGUCGCUCUCUGCUUGACAUCCUUACGUCAGGCAGGACGUCGGCCCUCGACAUGCUGGACCACACCGAGUCCUUUUGCCAGUUAUGGGUCCUCUUGAGCUCUCUGUACGGGAAGCUGGUGGUGAUCGUGAUGCUGACCUUUUGCGUUACCGAGGUCAUGGACAACUCCAUCAAGUUGCUGAGCCUCCAGGGGAUAUUCCUGAUGUACCUGUACGUGGGCAGCAUUGCCGUCAUCAUAUGCAUCUACAUCUGGGUGCUGAUCGACAGCUGUUCUUCGCUGAACUCCCAAAACGAGAUGGCGACGACUCACAGAGUGACGUCGCCUGCCAACGCCGCGACAGCGGGUGAUCCUGACGCCGAGCUAGGCGGCGGCCUGACUCUCGCCAGGUUCGGUUCCCUGAAGAGAGCUCACAUCUCGCGAGCCAAAACCUCAGGCACCAGCUUCUACCUGCGUGUUGGUGCUCUGGCGUUUGGUCUUGGGACCUUGGUAUUCAAUGGCCUGGAGAUGGCAAUGCAUUCCAUGAUGGAAGGUGCGUGUCUCAAUGACGUCGUCUUCAUCCAUCCAGUGCUCCACGGUCUCUUCACAUUCCUCCAGAUGCACUUCUUGUUCGUCAACUCACAGGUGUGACCUACGAACCUAAGACUCGCAAUACGACUUCAUCAAAUUCUCUUUUCCGUAACCAGUCGAGCGAGGAACGAUGAACAGAAUAUGAAAAAGUAGUUUUGCCUCUUACCAUGUAUGUAUUUUCCUCAGGCGUCACGUUAUAACUACACAAUGAUGUGGUUAUUGAAAAAUUUAUACUUAUUUUCAAAUUUAACUUUAUUUAUUUUGAAUGGGGCAGUCAUGCAGUAUUAUAUAUACAUUAUAUACCUUCAGGGUCAAGGACCUUCUACUACGUCAGUUCCGCCGCUUUCAUU